UGCGGUUCCCGAAGUGAGACGGCCACACCAAAGGGACCGGACGUCAUCAUGACCACUUUGGGUAGGAUUCUGCUCGCGCUCCUCACGUGCCUCGCAGUGGCUCAGGUUGGAGAAAGCACGAAAUGGUACUACAAGAAGAAGCACGUGGGGGCUCGGGUGUCGGUGACAACGGGCUCGAAGACGGUGCGGCUGACGAAGAUGCUUCGCCCGGCGGCCGACAAGCUCAAGUUCAUCAAGCGGAAGUUGGAGCACAUCGAUUCCAGCUCCAGCUCUAGCUCCAGCUCCUCCGAGGAGAGCAACGAGGGUAGCCGCGAGACCUUCUCCAACCGCGACGUCCGCUUCUUGCGCAACUACGGCGACGUCCGCCACUCCAGCUACGCCCGCUACCUCGCCCUCGUCAACGGCUACUACGGACAAGGCUACGGCGCCUACGCCUUCCUCCCUGGUACUCAUGAUGCCUACGAUCAAAGGUACACCAUUUCAGCCUACAACACUGCAAGAAGCUUACCUCCUUUCUGUGGAUUCGACCGUAGCUGGAAUGCCAGUCCGUUUGGCUACUCUAAUGCCUUCCCGACAAAUUACCGUUACCCUCCCGGGAGAACAAAUCUCAGAGGCGUCAACUUUUCAAGAUACUCAAACAUUCCAAAUUCCUACUUGCGCUCACGGGACGUGAAAUACUCUUACAAAAACCCAUCCUUCACUCGCUCAAACCAGUUUUACACCGCACCAUUUUACGGAGGCUCACCCUAUGGCCCUCGCGGAUAUACACCCUACGGCUUGGACUACCCCGGUUCGUACGCAUGGGGCCCCGAUUCUCCCAGUGAAUUCGGAAUUUAUAUAAACAACUUCUUCGGGAACAGAUAUUCCGGCAACUACAGAACUGACAUGUUCGGCAGAUCGCUCGAAGGCAGGCCCAGAUUCCCCACGUAUGGUCCACCAAAAUGGAACUUCGGGCUCCCCAACUACUACAGCGGCCGUUACACCAAUGCAGUGGAUCUGCUUCAAGGAGAAUACGAUUACUUGACGUCCUACAACAAGUUCAAGUUUGAUCGUUACGGCCUGUACCAACUGGAUCUCUUCAAAGAAUUCUUCCAUUCCCUCGACCAGGAGCGAUUCAAUAUCAUCAAGGAUAUUCGCUAUCCGGCAGACUUCACGCCUCACCUCCAGCCGGAUAUGGUCUUUGAUUUCAUAAUAGUCGGCGCAGGACCAACAGGAAGUUUGCUCGCCAACUUGCUCAGUCAAAACUACAACUGGAACGUUCUGCUCAUCGAAGCUGGAGGUCAUCCUCCCCCGGCAGCUGAAGUUCCUCUGUUGUACUCGACCCUCGCGAGAAGCGAGUUCGACUGGGACUUCAACCUGGAGGCAGCAGAUGCAGUCGGUCUCGGAAUGAGAAACCAGGAGAUUCGCGUUCAUAUGGGCAAAGGCUUGGGCGGAGGGGCACUUACCCUCCCUGAUCUAUACUACCGUGGUUGCGUUCGUGACUAUCAGUCUCUCGUCGAGGCAGGUUUGCUCGAGUACAGCUUCCCGAGCUUACUGCGCUACUUCAUGAAGACGGAACACCUCAGGUCAAUACUCAUGAUCAACGACAACGAAGUGAAGCUCCAUCACGGUUUCGGCGGCCCACUCCCCGUCAGCAAGAUCACAGCCAAGGACUACAAAUACAUCACCAACGUCUACUCAGCCGCAUUCUCGCAGUUGGGCUAUCACCCUGUGCUGGAUAUCAAUGAUGCCAAAGUCAAUACCGGAUACGUGGAUAUGGUAGGACAUGUAUGCACAGGACGGCGCAUGCUUCCAGGAAAAGUCUUCCUCUCCCCGAUCGUGCAACGAGAGAACUUCAAACUCCUGACGAACACACAUGUAACCAGGAUAUUGAUCGAUACCAAUACGAACACAGCCUACGGUGUGGAACUCGUGACGAAGCAAGGUCAGAUAUUCACAGUGCAGGCCUCGAAGGAGGUGAUCGUGACUGCCGGUGCUAUCGGAAGCGCCCAGCUUCUCAUGCUGUCUGGAAUCGGACCGCGUCACCAGCUCCUACUUCAUGAUAUCGACCUGGUCAAAGAUCUCAACGUCGGAGGAAACCUCAAGCUGAAUGCUGUCUUUACUGGCGCAGUGAUGGCCCACGAGAAGGCACUCAUGCGACACACGUCCGUCGAAGAUAUGGCUUUCGACUAUUUGGCCCACAACGACGGCCCACUGGCCACAUACGGCACGUUCAGUCACACCGUUUUCAUGGACACUCUGACGGACGGUUACCCAGAUGUAGAGUUCCACAGUUACUACUUCAACAAGGGCCACCACGAGUGGUUAUGCGAUUUCAAGGCCAUGUACAACUAUGCAGAUGAGUAUCGUACAAAACUUGCGCAACUUAAUGAUCAACACAAUCUAGCUGUUCUUUCGCUGACGCUGCUGCGACCGCACAGUACUGGUCGUGUCAUUUUGGAGAGCAAGAAUCCAUUCGAUCGUCCGAUCGUCGUUGGCAAUUUGUUAUCCGAUGAACACGACAUCUUGACAUUCUUGAAGGCCCUUGAAAAGAUUUCGCUCUUGGAAGAAACUGAAGCAUUUAAUGAGGUUGGGUCCAAACUGGUUCCGAUCGCGGUCGAGGAGUGCUCGGCGUUCCCGUUCAAGAGUCCCGACUACUGGAAGUGCGCCCUCAAGUAUUUCACGACAGCCGCCUCGAAACCGACGGGAACCUGCAAGAUGGGACCGGGAUCGGAUCCCUCGGCGGUCGUGGACGGCUUCGGCAGGGUCUACGGCAUCAACGGACUCCGCGUCUCCGGCUCGGCCGUCCUCCCGGACCCGCUCACCGCCUACAGCUCGGCCCCACUUCUCAUGCUCGCCGAAAAGGUCGCCGAACACAUCAUGGUCUCCUACACCAUUUGAUUUGAUACUACAUCAACACUGUCCAUCUUCAGAUUACUCGUCCUCCAAGGGUUGAAUAGUCAAUUGUUGCAACAUUAAAUUUAAAAAGAAAAAAAAAGAAAUGAAAGAAAGAAAUUCGUUUUUGUUUGAAUAAAUUGAAUAGAUCAAAACAGC